AUGCAAUUCUGAACAUAAUGCCCGAAGGAAAAUCUCCACGUCGUACACUAAUCUUAGAAUUACACGUGGAAAGAACAAAAUCUGUAUUUGCUGAGCGAAUUGCAUUCGUUUUCUGGGCGUACCUUCUGGAUCAGGUUUUGACAAAACGAAGAUUGAUGACCUCUGCUCUACCUGAAUGGUCUAGCCAAAGGCUCAUCGUUGUUUUGUUUCCAACGACAAGUUCUCCAGAGAUCAAAUUAUUAUGCCCUUUCAAGACCCGCCUUCCCAGUAGCAACACAAACAAUGCUUUGAGGCACUGGACAUGACGCUAGAGAGGCCGCCAGUCUGUCUUCACGUGGAGCCGAAGUGAAACCCUUUUCAAAACUUCUCCGUUGCCCAGACACCGUGGUUUCUGGUCGACCUCUUCGUUUUUAUACAGAACAAUGGCUCCUGUCAUGGGGCUCUAUUUCUUUGCAGCAGUUUUGUGUGGUACUAUCGUGAACACAGAAGGAAAAUUUCUGCCCGAUAUUAGGCUUCCGAAAUCCAUCGUGCCAGAACACUACAACAUUGGCAUAAUCCCUGACAUUCAUCAGGGCAACACUGACAUUGAAGGCUUUGUUCACUUGGAUUUUUUCGUACAGUCACCUACAGAUCGUAUUGUGAUGCACGCUGUGAAUUUGACAUUGAACGAGGAAAGCAUUUUCGUUAACCAACUUCUGUCAAAAGCAAAGGACAUAAUGCAAGAAAAUGAUGUUAGCAAAAUCAGUUCGACCGGGAUUAGUGAAAAACAUGAGAUGUUGAAAGUCCUUCGUCCAGUUUCAUACGACGUCGAAAAAGAAUUCGUCAUAAUUUAUUUAGGCUCGAAGUUGGAAGAAAACGGGCGUUACCGCGUCAGUUUUAACUAUUCCGGGUCAUUGGCGAAGAAUUUGAAGGGUUUUUAUGGCUCCGAAUAUUUGGAUUUGAAAAGCAAAACUAAAAAAUGGGUGGGUGUCACGCAAUUUGAACCCACGUCAGCUCGACUAGCUUUUCCAUGCCUUGACGAGCCAGCCAUGAAAGCCACUUUCACCAUGUCAAUCGGACGGCGAACCAACUACACAUCACUGUCUAAUAUGCCGCAUGUCAAAAGCGAACCUAUGUCCAACAAAGAGGGUUGGGUCUGGGAUUUCUAUGAAAAGUCCGUGCCAAUGUCAACUUAUCUUAUUGCGUGCUUGGUUUCGGAAUUCAGUUUUCGCCAAGCAAGGCCGGUCAUUCGCAAAGAUAGCGAUAACCAAUCGACGCACAAUGUAACAGACAUACGCAUAUGGGCGCGUGCGGAUGCGAUUGAUCAAGUGGACUUGGCCGUAAAGGUGGCGCCCACUAUGCUUGAAUUUUUGGAAGAAUAUUUUCAAGUUUCGUUUCCCCUUCCCAAAAUUGAUCUUGUUGGUUUGCCCGACUUUUCCUCUGGUGCCAUGGAAAAUUGGGGACUCGUCACUUACAGAGAGACGACUUUGCUGGUGAAUCCAAAAUCGGCAGCGAUUCGCGAUGAAAUGAACGUCGAACGUGUUAUUGCCCACGAGUUAGCACAUCAAUGGUUUGGAAAUUUAGUUACCAUGGAUUGGUGGAACGGUUUAUGGUUGAAUGAAGGCUUCGCCACAUACGUUCAACGCUUGGUUCUUGACAACGUAUCACCCAAAUAUCAGUAUGGCACUUUGCAAGCUUUAGAUUUUCUUUCCGUGAUGGAUGCGGACGGACUUGAAUCGUCUCACGCCAUAUCAAUAGAUGUUGCACACCCAACACAAAUAACAGAAAUUUUUGAUGCCAUCUCUUAUACAAAAGGUGCUGCUGUGAUUCGAAUGAUGAAUGAUUUUCUUGGAGAGGCAACAUUCCGUCAGGGAAUCACCAACUAUCUUAACGAAAAGAAGUACAAAAAUGCUCAACAGGAUGAACUUUGGCAAUUCUUGAGUGAACAGGCUCACCGGGAUGCGGUUUUGCCACUGAAUCUUGACAUUAAAACGAUUAUGGACACCUGGACGUUGCAAAUGGGUUUCCCGGUCAUCACCAUAGAGCGAAAUUACACGGAUGGUUACGCCUUCAUCCACCAAAAACGGUUCCUACGUGGAGUUACGCCAACUACUUCAAGUGCUGAGAAAUCAACAACCGCCACAAAUUCCGUCGGAUCAAAACGAACAGAUUUCCCAACCUAUCGAUGGUGGGUACCAGUCUCGCUCACUGAUUCUGUUGUUCAGGAUUUUAACCAAAGCAACACUCGGCCUGCUUUUUGGCUCACCCCGAAUGAACUCUCUGCAACUAAAUUUAUCGGCAAAAGUGAAGAUUCUUGGAUUAUUGCCAACAUUCUUGCUACGGGCUACUAUCGAGUCAAUUAUGACGAAAGAAAUUGGGGGCUUCUUAACCUUCAACUAAAAACUUGUCACCAUGUUAUCCACCCCAUCAACCGAGCUUACCUCAUCGACGAUGCAUUUGCUUUGGCUGCUGCAGAAAUUUUGCCGUACUCUACGCCCUUCAACCUAAUUGAAUACCUUUCCAAUGAGGAUCACCAUGUACCUUGGACUAGCGCCUUUAGGGCUCUAAAUUAUAUUGGUCGGAUGUUAUCGUAUACAAAAGAUCAUGGAAGAUACAAGGCCUUUAUGAGGUCAUUGGUAGUUCCCUCCUACACCCGCCUAGGAACGGACUUCCAGCCUAAUGACAGUCCCCUCACCAAAAUGUUGCGUAUCUCAAUGACAACCCAAGCGUGUAGUCAAGAAUAUAGGCCCUGCAUUCGACAAGCGCAGCUGUUGUUUGACAAAUGGAUGGAUAGCCCGGAUCCUAUUAGAUCAAACAGCAUCAUUCCCGAUCUUCGGUCCUCUACCUACUGUACUGCCAUCAAAUACGGCGGCCAAUUGGAAUGGGACUUUGCUUAUCAAAUGAGCUUUAAUACGACCUCGGCGCAGGAUCGAGAUGUUCUUUUGUCGGCACUUGGAUGCAGUCGCGAUCCUUGGAUUCUUAUUCGCUAUUUGUCCUUCGCGCUCGAUCCAAAGUCGGGAAUUCGCAAGCAAGACGGGCGCCGUGUGAUCAGCGCAGUGGCUAGCAAUCCCGGUGGACGAAGAAUAGCCUUCCAAUUCGUCGUAAAUCAUUUUGAAGAAAUGUUUUCGUACUUUGGGAAUCCAGUACGCGUCCUUCAAAUGCUUAGCAGUACUACAAGCAGCCUUAACACGCAGGAGGAGCUUGUCAAGAUUCAAAAACUUAUGGAGUCGAAAGUUAUGUUACUCCAAAAAGCGCAAACGUCUGCCAACAAUAUUCAGUCGGUAGUAUCUGCCAACAUUAAAUGGAUGGAUAAAAAUUUCAAAAUCUUGAACCAGUGGUUCGCUAAUAAAGGCUUCUGAUGGAAAAAUCUUUUUGAAUUGAAAAGAUUCUUGCAGCAAAGCUCUACUAAUUCUGAAACCUUAAGCUUCAUUUUUAUUCAAUAAAAAUGUUCGUUUU